GUGUUGACUCGAAUUUGGCUUGGGCGAGGGAGACGAUUUCGGCGAGGUGCUCGUCCAUUGCGGUAAUGGCGUACAAAACAACUACACUUGGGGAAGUGUGGUAUAAUUCAAGGUGUAAGUGAAAGGUGCCGACGGGAAGUGUAGUUUGUGCUUCGGAGUCGCUCGAGGAUUGGGUUCAGAGCAAGCAAUGCAGCAACUGCAAACUCGGAUGCAAAUGCCGAGUUUUUGUCAGUUUACACCUCAUUCAAAAACUAGAAAAAAAAAACACAGUUACAAUAUGAACGUUACAAAGCCCCAGCUUUCCAAACAGUUGUCGUUGAAGAUGAAGUUGAACUCGCCGGUGCGGAGACAGCAGCUAUCGGGAGGAAUCGCCGGAGCGGAGGUUCAAAGCGGUGACUCCGCCACGGCGCCGUUGCCGAAAAGCUCCAUCUAUCAACCUCACCUCUCAACUUUUACAACUCACUCACUUGACUUGCCCACAAUCUCAACUUUUGUUCUCACAGCAAUCUCACACUCAAAAUAUCUACAAUUAACCAGACCUCUUCAAGUUGCUCCCACCAAAUUUUUAUCCUCCAGCACCUUCAGCGGAGUUGCCCGCAUCUCAAAAUGGCAGACGACCUCCUCUUCAACCUCAACCUAGGCUCCUCCUCCGAAUCCGACCCCGAAGACCUCGCCUCCUGCCCCGCCAAACAACCCGUCUCCCGAGCUGACCGCUCCGCUCUCUCGCAGUCAGCGUUUGCAGCCCUGAAAAAAGAAUAUAUCCCCCGAGUCGAGAACGGCGAUUUAUGGACUCAAAUCCCUCUCCCUCUCACCCCCGAACCAGACGCCAACCGCGGCGGUCUAAUCAGCAAACCCCAAGCCCAAGACUUGCUGCACGCAGUGGAGGAGUUGUAUUUCUACCGACGCUAUUCCGACGGGAUAGGGUUCGUGAAAAAGAUAAUGGCUGACGGGGGAGAACAAAAAAUAGACCUGGAGACGAGGGAGCUACUGCGCAAGUAUGAGGGGAGAUGUAAAUCAAAACUGGAGUCGUCACAAUGAUAUCC